CAUUGUCACGAGCUCACGUUGAAGUUGUAAAAGUAUUUCGCGUGUGAAACGUGAAAGGAUCCGUGUUUAUAUCGAAAUUGUGCAUCGUGUUUUAGUAUUCCUGAUUUUCCUGUAUUGUGAUACUCGAUUCAUCAAGUAGCAGCUAAAAUGGCCGGCCAUGAGGAGCAAGAUGCACCGUUUGUCCCCCUCCACCCCUAGCAGCCGGGCCAUGGACAAGUAUGAGCAGCUAGCUGUCGUCGGCGAAGGCUCGUACGGCGUGGUGCUGAAGUGCCGCCGCCGCGACACGGGGCAGCUCGUCGCUAUCAAGAAGUUUCUGGAAACGGAGGAUGACGCCGCCGUUCGCAAGAUGGCGCUGCGAGAGAUACGGAUGCUCAAGAAACUUCGCCACGAGCACCUAGUGAACAUGAUUGAGGUGUUCCGUCGCAAGCGGCGGUUCUACCUCGUCUUCGAAUACCUGGACCACACCCUCCUGGACGAGCUGGAGGCAUCCCCUGGAGGCUUAGGAGAAGAUACCGCUAAGAGGCACCUCUACCAGUUGUUGAAGGGAAUCGACUUUUGCCAUCAGAAUUCUAUCAUCCAUCGUGACGUGAAGCCUGAGAACGUCCUAGUGUCCAAAACGGGCAUCGUGAAGCUGUGCGAUUUGGGCUUCGCCAGGGCUCUAGCGGCGCCUGGCGAGCCCUACACCGAGUACGUGGCCACACGGUGGUAUAGGGCGCCGGAGUUACUGGUAGCAGAGCACAGGUACGGCCCCGAAGUGGAUAUCUGGGCAAUCGGCUGCAUGUUUGCUGAAAUGUUGACCGGCGAUCCGCUGUUCCCUGGCGAUUCCGACAUCGACCAGCUCGCACUUAUCAUCAAGACUGUCGGCAAGCUACCCCCGCGCCACCAGCAAGUAGUAGCUCGUCUGUCCGGCGGCGCCGCGCUGGCGGCCGGCCCUCGGGGCUCUCUGCCCGGGACUGGGCACGCCAAGGACUUACUAGCGGCCUGUUUGAGGACGGAGCCCCGCGCAAGACCUUCUGCCGGCGCGCUGCUUAGGCAUAAAUACUUCACUCAUGAUGGCUUCGCGGAUGUCUUCAACGCAGAACUAAGGAGUAAACUAGGAAAGGAACUACAGACACCUUCUCAGCAGAGCACGGCGCGCGUUGGGAAACCGCGACAACAAUGGACGCUGAACAUAAUCCCUGACCACAGCAGGUCUUGUACGGAGAGCGCCGCCGGAGAAUCUUUGUUGGACUACAAUUACACUCCAGAGGCUCAAAUGGAGACAGUGGCGGAGAAAAAGGCAUCCCACCCCGCAGUGGCUUCUCACGAGGCCGCUGAGAACACAGCGCAGUCUCGCAAGGCGUAUGUGGCGGCCACGCGCGCGCCGGCCCGCCCGCUUGCCCCCGCCUUGAACGACGCUUUCCAAAGCUUCAACGUGCCCGUAAAUUCCUACCCACGGACGCCUUACAUCAAGAAGGUGAACCAUAAGCUGGUGAUGGACGAAGACCUGGUGCGAGGGCGUGCGGCCACUAAGAAAGCCUUCAAGAAUCAGCCAGAGUUCUCCCUGCCCUACGUUCCAGGAGCCAGCAAUAGCCCAGUGAAGAUAGCAAAGAAUCAUUUGCCAGUUGGUGCCAACAAAUCCUGCGAUAAUUGGGAGCGGAACGCGGAACUGGCGUCCAGCGCGAGAACGCCCACCAACCUGCCGUACAUGUGACAACACGGCCACGGGUUGCUCCGGGCCCUCUUCUACUAACCACUUCGAUACCACAACGCAUUUGUCUUUUAUAGUCGUUCGAUUUAUAGCUGGCCCUGAACGGCUAAUCCUUUCUCUAUUGUUAAGUAAAUUUAUUUAGAAAUUUAAUUCAGGCAACAAGGCCCAUAUUACGAAUACCUUACAGACGUAUUUUAUAAACUUAAAACUAAAUACCAUUUAUAGUACGGUCAUUAUAUCCAAAAAACCGACCCUACCCGUGAAUAAUUAGUUCUUGGAUUUUUUUUUCGUAGGUCCCUCGGGAGAAUCACUGGGAGUGUAAAUUCAAAAAGUAGACUGAAUCAGGGUCCUGUGUAUAUUCGAAAAACGGUUUUUCUUGAAUAACUCGGUCAUUUUUGAUUUUACAGUAAAACCGUGAGGACAAAAAUUUUAGAAAAUAUGAUUUUCUACAAGUUUAGUCCUCACAAUUUUUCUUCUAGGAUCGAUAGUUUGGAAAUAAAAUUUAAAAAAAGCGACAAAUUCAAAAUAUUUUCAACAUCUCGUUUAUUUUCAACUUUACGACAUAAAUGAAGAGGACUAAACUUGUAGAGAAUCAAAUUCUGAACAAUUUUGGUUCCUACCUUUUUUCCCCCAAAAUCGAUAUUUUAGAAAUUAACCCUAAAAAACGCGACAAAUUCAAAAUAUUAUCAUUAUCUCCUAUGUUCCACGCUUUACGGCAUAAAUGAAGGGGAAACAAAGUUGUAGAGAAUCAAAUUCUGAACAAUUUUUGUCCUCACGGUUUUACUGUAAAAUCAAAAAUGACCGAGUUAUUCAAGAAAAACCGUUUCGAAUAUACACAGGACCCUGAUUCAGUCUACUUUUUGAAUUUACACUCCCAGUGAUUCCCCCGAGGGACGUAUUCACGGGAAGGGUCGGUUUUUUGGAUAUAAUGACUGGACUAACUUGUAGAGAAUCAAAUUUUUUACAAUUUUUGUCCUUACGGUUUUACUGUAAAAUCAAAAAUGGCCGAGUUAUUGAAGAAAAACCGUUUUUUUGGAAAAAAACCAUUUUUCGAAUAUACGCAGGAGCCUGAUUCAGCCUACUUUUUGAAUUUACACUCCCAGUGACCCCCCCGAGGGACCUACGAAAAAAAAUCCAAGAACUAAUUAUUCACGGGUCAAAAUCUAUAAUGACUGUACUAUUAGUCGGUAAAACCGCCCGUGCCACUAUCUGCAAAAAAGGGUCGUAUAAUUCUAAUUGGCACCUGAGCACGGGCUAGUGCAACGCUCAAAAAACCAGUGUAGCUGCGCUCUCCGAUAACGCGCCAUCUCGAUGACACAUUUUAAUUUAAACGAGUUCUGUAGCGUUCGACUCUCCGGCACUCAGUAACUGUAGAGAGUGUAGAGGGACCACACAAGAAAAGGCAAUUUUUUUUUCCACCAAUGUUCAUUUUGGAUAUUAUUGCAAUUUCCUUAAGAGUUGUAAAUCAAUUACCGGUUACAAUGACCAAAUCAUUUUUUUAUGCAGUAGCACGCUAGCACGUGACUUUUUACUUAGCAAUAUACAGGAUUAGCCGUUCGGGGCCAGCUACAAAUCGAACGACUAUACUACCAGACCUACAGCAUGGGUUGCGUUCUCGCGCGCGACUCACAUCUAGCACGCCUUCAAGUAUGAGACCGCAACUCAUGCUGGUCGAUCAUAUUUACAGGUAUCGUCUUGGGUCGUCCCACUCGUCCCAUUCGUUUUUCGUCAAGUUCCUAAAUUAAUCCUAGUCUGCUUUCGUCACCCAUUCUACAAUCGUCACAAUCGUCGGUGGCUUUCAAUGUAGAAUGUGUGACGAAAGCAGAAUAGGACUAAUUUAAGAACUUGGCGAAAAACGAAUGGGAUGACCCAAGACGAUACCUAUUUACAAAAUACCAGAUAUAUUGCCAAAUUAAAAAUGAAAAAUUUCUAAAUACAACUGUAGCCUUUCUAUAGCUAUAACUUUUGCUCCGUAGAUACAUUUAAAAUCUGGUAAUUUUGUAAAAUAUGGUAUAGUUGAUAUUUUAUAAAUUGACCGUUUAGCACUUGAGAGAUUAUAUAAUAUUAAAGAUCAAUGUCAUUGUUCACAAGAUAAGCUCUGAUAUGUGAUAAGUGAUAAACGGUAAAUGUAUAAAAUUUCAA